AUGUCGGGACAGUCUUUGACGGACCGGAUCGCCGCGGCGCAGCACAGCAUGACCGGGUCUGCCAUCAGCAAAGCGGUCUGCAAGGCCACGACGCAUGAAGUCAGCGGACCCAAGAAGAAGCACCUUGACUACCUGAUCCACUGCACCAAUGAGCUGAACGUCAGCAUCCCCCACCUGGCAGACACACUGCUGGAGCGCACAGCCAGCAACAGCUGGAUCGUGGUUUUCAAAGCGCUCAUCACCACACACCACCUCAUGAUGUACGGCAGCGAGAGAUUGAUGCAGUAUCUUGCCUCCAGAAACACGCUCUUCAACCUCAACAACUUUCUAGAUAAGGCUGCACUACAAGGCUAUAACAUGUCAACCUUCAUCAGACGCUACAGCCGCUACCUGAAUGAAAAAGCCAUGUCUUACAGACUAGCAGCAGUGGACUUCACCAAGAUGAAGAGAGGAGCUGAGGGUGUGAUGCGCACCAUGAACACAGAGAAGCUGAUUAAGACUCUGCCAAUCAUUCAAAACCAGCUGGACGCACUGCUAGAUUUCCAGCCGAACUCCAAUGAACUAACCAACGGAGUGAUCAACACAGCGUUCAUGUUGCUGUUUAAAGACUCCAUCCGGUUGUUUGCUGCCUACAACGAAGGGGUCAUUAACAUGCUGGAGAAAUACUUUGACAUGAAGAAGAACCAGUGCAAAGAAGCUCUGGAGAUCUACAAGACUUUCCUCAACAGGAUGACCAAACUGUCUGAGUUUCUCAAAGUGGCAGAGCGAGUUGGGAUAGAUCAGGGCGACAGCCCCGAUCUCACACAGGCCCCCAGCUCUCUCCUGGAGGCUCUGGAGCAGCAUCUAGCCUCUCUGGAGGGCAGGAAGCUCAAGGACCUCUCCGCAGCUAGCAGAUCCAGCAACUUGUCCAGUGCAGUGUCCUCUCUCUCCAGCACUGGGAUCUCUCUCAGCCGCGUGGACGACAAGACAGAAGACAACAGACUGCAGCAACACAAGGAGGACGCUCACAGGGGGGCCGAUACGCAGACACCCAAUAUGUCACCCAGCACCCAGUCAGUGGGCAGUGCCAACAGCGGCGGGGGGGCCGCAGAUCUCUUCUCCAACUCCACAAUCGCACCAGUCAGCAACCAUGUGCCAAACCUGACCAGUGAGCUGUACACCCUGCAGCACAGCUACACCCCAAUCCAGACCACACACACUGUGCCCAACAACAACAAUGCCUGGGGAGGCGACCUGCUAAAGCCAGCACUGCCCGCUCAAAUUCACAGCCCUGGAGUCCCAUUUCACUCUGGGAAAAUGAUGCCCAAUGAUUUGGACUCUUCAUUAGCCAACCUCGUUGGUAAUCUGCAGUUUGGGGGGAUGCCAGCUAAAAAGCCGGAGCUUCAGUGGAGUCAGAUGGUGGAGAAGAAGCCAACAGGAGGCGGCUGGCAGUCAAAAACCAUGUGCACCAGCACCAACUGGACUCACACCACCCAUCCCAUGGCACCUGCACCCAUGCCCGUCCCCCAGAUGAAUGGGAUGAUCUAUACUGGCUACGCUCCUGCACAAGUGGCGUUUCCUAUGACGACACCCCAAGUGCCUGUGUAUGGAAUGCUCCCUCCUCAGAUGAGUCAUCAGAUGGGGGGUGUUCCCAUGAUGCAGCCGCAGACCGUCAUGUACAACCAGCCUGUCCUGAGACCCACCAACCCUUUUGGACACAUCCCGGGGACACAGAUGCACUUCAUGUAGGGAUGAUUCUGUAACCAUGGCAGCAAAGCCAAGAGAGAGAGAGAGAAGGCGAGACGAAAAAGAGAUGGAAAGAGAAAGAGAGAAAGAAAACAAAUCCAGAACCAAAUCCAGUGCUGGAGGAAGAAAGAGGAAGACGUAGAAGAAACGGGAGGGGAGAGGAAGAAGGAGAGGAGGACCAGAGGAUGGAUAAAAGAUGAAAUGCUGUAUCUGUUUCCAUGUAGCCUCGACAUCUAAUCUCCUCUCCUCUCUCCAUGUGGCUAAUGAUCUCUCUGUCUUUUAAUGGGGUACCAGAGGCUCCGCAUCAAUCCCACUCAUCCUCCGUUUGAUUUGCCGAUUCAGUCGGCGAUUAUGACCUGCGAUGACAGCUCUAUGGAAGUGCACAGGCUCUACUGCCACUUCCCGUCCUCCUCAUCCUGAUCAUUUCCUGUAUAAAAAACAUACCCACUUCAAACUCGGAGGACACGCGCCUCUUUCUCUGAUUGGAUUGUUUGCUGGCACUUUACUCAAUGUGAACUUUGCCAAGGGUGUAUGUCUGUGUCGGUGAUUUUAGCGUCUUGUUCAGAUUGGUUCCCGGUUGUGUGUCAUUCAUCACCUGAUGUCAGAAUCAUCGUUUUGAAUGUGUGUGUGUGUGUGUGCGUUUCCUUUUUCUACAUUUCAACGUGCUGCAUCAACAUUAACGUUUGAGUCUUUUUAUGAGCUCCAUUUGUUCUUAAUUGCCAACUUCACAUCCUGAAUCCGACUUGGAGCGAUAAUUUGCGGGUGCGCCUGCGAGUGUGUGGAUGGACGUGGCUGUCGGGUGUGUGUCCCGUUUUGUGUUUCUCUCUUGGUACCUGAUGUCAUCACUGUGUUGCCAGGUACCCGAUGUGUUCCUGCACUGGAACUAACCGAUGAAAGCACUGAGCCAGAUCCAAGCAUCGCAUUUGGAUGUAAACAAACCUCUUUCACUGACUUUGCUACUUGGGGUCGCGUGCUGUACACACUUUUGUGUUUUGUCCCCCCCCCCCCCUCCUCCUCCUCCUCUACAGCUGUGCAAUAUCAUGCAAUCUCGUGACUGCCCCCCCCCCCCCUCUCCCAUCUGUAGGCUGUUUAGAAAGCUGUUUCCUGCUGUCGUGUCGUGUGUCUACAUCAGGUUCCUGUACAGAAUGAUGUUUUACGUUGUUUUCUAACCCGUCCUGUUCGACACGUGCUGCUCUAAAAGUCGUGAAACAUGCACUGAGCCAGAUAGAGUUGACUGGGUGUUAGGGAGGCGGGGUUUCUCAGUCUUUGCCAAUCAGAACUGGUCUAACUCCCAACUGCAGGACUUCCUUCCUGUCCUGCAUUCGUCCUGUUCUUAAUGAGUCUCCUGUGAUGUCAUUUAUCACUCCAGGAAAAAAAAACUGGAUACGGGAAAUUACUGCAGCAGAUGUCUCACCUCCAACUCGGAGUAAUCAAAGACGCUGCAACCGCAACCACAGAGAGGGCUUUGCGAGUGUAGUGUCAACAUUUACGGACAGGACAGCUCAAGGUCAGUCGGAGGAGUCACGCGAGGGCCAGACUGUCGUAAAACGACCGAGGGUCACGUCCGUUGAUCACGACCCCGGUGAUGCAGAGACGGCAGACAGAUUAACUCAGACAGCCAGACACGGGAGGCUUUAAUGAGACGGCAAACGUUAAUGUGGCUUUUGCUGGCGGACCCAAGGUCAAGUUCGACCCACAGACAGACGGUAGAUACAUUUAUAUAUAUAGCACAAACCUUCAAAGAGGGGACAACGCUCUGCUGCACAAAAACCUAAAAUCAUUGCUGGGAUGUACAGUUGAAAGGGGCAAUAAUCGAUUGGGGAUGAAGUUGUUUUCUAUUGAUUGUGUCUGUUCUAUGUACAUGUACUGUGUGUGUGUUUGUGUGCACAUGCCUUCCCAUAGAGAUAAACAGGGUCGAGUUCCUCGGUGAGAGAGGAAAGGCCUCUAGUGUGCUGGUACAACUCAGCAGUGUUAUUGUGGCCGCGUCGCAGUCCGUACAACCCGACAUCAAAUCAAGGCGGCUCCAAGGAUCGCUCAUCGGAUGAAAACAACGGCGAAAAAAAAGCCCCGAAGUCAUCGGCCCUGGGAUCUCAAAGGGAAUCCGAGAGCUGGAGCUGCACACGCUUGUGAUUCCUGCCAAAACCCGUCAGAGAAUUGCAACUGUACGGUGGCCGGUGGUUACGAUUCGACCUUGAACCGCAACCGCCGGCGACGCCAAAACCCAAAUCUCCCCGCAGCUACGACUCUACGACCAGCAGAGAGACUUCAGUUAGAAAUCGUCACCGAGCAGGCAGAUGUUCUCUGAGGUUUCUCAUCAAGAGGCCAGCUGACAUUUGGAAAAAGAAAAAUUGUCGUUUCACCCUCUCCCAUUACUCCUCAUCCCAGUGGUUUGUCUUUCUCCGUCAGCUGAAUGCUCUUUUCAUCGUGCACUUCACUCCCAGGACGCAGCUCCAUCCACCCUGGGCCGACCCGACUGUUACCGUGUCCUCUGUAUAUAGGAAAUGCCGUUCCAUGUGUUUUUAGACGUGCUCUCUCUCUGUAAAGUGAUCGAAGCCCCGUUGGAUGACGUACUGUACGUGGGACAAUUUAUUGCUGUAUCUGUGUUUGAAUGGUUGUAUCUUGAAGGUGUCAUCAUCCAGGGAUGUGUGGGAGGGGGAGGGGGGGGGGGUCGAUGUUUGUGAUGUUUGUGUCCAUCUCGAGGAGGACGUGGGUGGGGUCGAGGGGAGGUUUUGGGGGCGGGGUCAAAGGUACACUAUCACAACUGGUCUAUACCAAGAGUGUCUUCAUCGAGGAAGUGGACAGGACAGGGUCUGUCCUCUUCGAAACAGGAACAUUUUUUUGCACCAAAGUCAUCAUCAAAGCGCAGCUUCUUCUUAUUCAAGGUCACUACGGAUGGAUGAUAUCAGAACUCAAAAAGAUUUGUUGUGUUGUUUUAUUUUUUAAGAGACAACGAAAUUGUCUUUUCUUUUGCAUGAUUAAGUGUCGUCUUUUUAUUGGCUCGUGUGCCACGGUAAAAGCAUGACCAUUGUGUGAACUCUCACUUACCCGGUGUGGUCCGAAAAACGUUAAGGAAAUUUCUCCAUGAGAUUUUUUACUUACCUCUUGACAUGAACGUUCAUUGACAUUCAUAAUCAACUGUUUUACAAUGUAGGGUCCGUAACGGUUUGAAGGAUGCCACGCAUGCAGAAAUGCAAACUUUGCAAGUAACCCAUCAAACUUCAAACCCAGUUACUUCACUGCAUCUUUGUAAAACACCAUGGAUGUCAAUGCCAGUUAUCACCUAGCUAGCUAGACAUUGCAGUCUUGUAAAAUCGCUCUUUAUUAAAACGUUGCUAUUUUCAAUACGUGUUUGAAUGCUCGCUCCUUUUUCAUACUAUGCCAGCAGCAUCAUGGGAGGUUGCGAUUGAAAGUCAAAGUACUGUAAUACGUGUUUGGUCUGGUCAGCAUUGUGUGGUGUUUUUAACGUGUUUGCCCAGUCUUGUCCCGUCUGUUGCCAUCAACUGGACUUAUUCUUUCCCCAAGUCAUCCUCUUCAAGCACAGGCUGGUUUCCUAAAAAACAGUCUUCGAUUCACCGGAAGCUUCAACUUUACUUUUUGAGACCAUUUCGGCAAACCGGACCCAGAAAGUGUACAGACCUGAGGAGUUUAGAGAUCUAUAGGCAUCAUUUUUUAACUGCAGAUGGGUAAAAACUUAGUUUCCCCAUUUCCGACAGCCAUGUCCCUGUACACUAUAUUUUAUUAUAACCUCAGUUUAAUUAGCCUUAAUUUUAACUUACUAAAGGCAAUGUAAAGGACACAGCAAAAAAGCUAUAAAGCAAAACUAUAAGUUCUGGUUUUAACUCUGGUGUUGGAGUUCCUAAAAACACUGAAAUGUUGAGCUGCUUCACCAGUUGAGUCUGUUUAGGAAAGAAAGUCGAAUAGAAAAGACCUGAAAGGGGAGUUUUCUGCCCUAGUAUCUACGUAAUUUGUCAACGUACACAAUACUUCUACCUGCACUCGAACUUUACAAAAUCGGAGGUUAGCUUCAAAGGGUGACUUCUCGUAUUGACCACAAUGGAAACCACUCAACAGUCUGUCUACACACACCUGUGUAUUCAUCGCUGAAGCCACUUCAGACUAACCUGGCAGCUGGAAACCAGACUUGCGUGUUUGAGCAGAAACUGCGUCUCCAUGUUUUUCCCGUCGGCGCGUGAUGUCAGUGCAGUUUCACGCUCAACCCCUUCGUCCAUUUAGGUGCAUCGGCCGACUGACCACAUGACCUCAGCAGACCCCCCCCCCCCCGUGCUCUAGUGUCCAUCUGUAACCUGUUCAUUGUUGUUGAGGGCAUGAAACUCAGCAGUGUCCUUGAAAUGUCUUGUAAGCAGGGAAUGAGAUUCCAUACAUUCAAUGUCUUCAUUAUAUUUUUUUGUAUUAUCAACAGAUUUGGAUUGUUAUCAAAUUAUUGUUUUUUUAUUUUAAAAGCAUAGGUUGAUGUUUUAAGGAAAUUGAAUAAAACGUCAUCUGAU